CUAUGCUACCCGUUCAGAGCAGCAGCGGCUUUACAGAUAGAUAGUACUGCAGGCACGCACAGUACCCAUCAGGACAAGCAGAAACUUCUUCUGCCGGCACCGGCAGCCUGCAGUGCAGCCUUUCUACAUUCUGAAGAUGCAGACUUCAACUCCACUGCAGCGGCCCUCCUCAUCCUUGGAUCCCCACCCAAACAAACCCUUUGACCACCGCCGCUCUGCCAACUCUGUUGCAUCUCCUCGCCGUCGGUGUCAGUGUGACGGUGUCCGUCACCAACCCUCCCUCUCCCAGAGUCCCAAACAAAGGCCACCACCAAAGCGCCCCACCCCACUCACACUCCACGCCGUGGCUGGCCUCGCUCGCCAUGUCGCGUCUCCCAUAGGCAACAAAAACACGUCACGUUCCUCUUCGUCGUCGGCGUCGCGGGUGGCCGUGCUCGCUCACCGUUGGUGUGGUGAGGAGCAAUGGACGCUUCUCCUGCACCGCCGCCGCCGGGGUCUCCGGCCAUCGAGCGGAAGCUGAGCCCGGGGGUGCUGCUCCUCAUCGCGAUCCUGGCCAUGGUCUUCUUCAUCUUCGGCCUGCUCAACCUGCUGGCGCAGAACCUGCUGCGCCUGCGUCGGGCGCGCCGGCGCCGGCGCCGGGUCGGGGACGCGGCCGCGGCCACGGCGCCCGACGGCAGCAGCCCCACGGCGUUCCAGGGCGAGCUCCGGCAGCUGUUCCACCUCCACGACGCGGGCGUCGACCAGUCCUUCAUCGACGCGCUGCCCGUCUUCCCCUACCGCGCCGUCGCCGUGGUCCGCCGCGCCCGCGCCGCCGCCAAGGACGGCGACGACGGCGAGCCGUUCGACUGCGCCGUGUGCCUCUGCGAGUUCGCGGACGACGACAAGCUCCGGCUGCUCCCGACGUGCGGCCACGCGUUCCACGUGCCCUGCAUCGACGCCUGGCUGCUCUCGCACUCCACGUGCCCGCUCUGCCGCGGCAGCAUCCUCGCCGCCGAGGCCGACUACUCCUACUCCAGCCCGUCCCCGUCGUCGGCGUCGUCCUUGCUCCUGCUCCACCACCACUCGUAUGGCCUCGCCGAGACGACGGCCACCGGAGACGGCGGUGAUUGUGAUCCGGGAGCCGGAGACGGCGGCGACGAGUCAAACAAGGACGACGCGGUGGAGGAGAUCGUGGAGGUGAAGCUCGGCAAGCUCAGGUGCGUCGACGGCGGCAAUGCCAGUGCCAGGGACCUCGCGCCCGACGGCACAGGUAGCAGCGGUGGCAAUGGCAGGGGAAGCCUCGGGCAGAGGCGGUGCCUGUCCAUGGGAUCCUACGAGUACGUCAUGGACGACCACGCCGCGCUCCGCGUCACCAUCAAGGCGACCCCCAAGAGGAGGCCCGCGAGCUCGAGAUCGUCGUCGCGCCGCCGCCACGCGCUGUCGGCGUGCGAUCUCGGAUGCCCCAAGAAGGCGGGCGCGUGGGAGACGGCCGUCACGGAGGCCGCCGCCGCGAGCCUGAGCAGGGACAGCUUCUCCACGUCCAAGAUCUGGAUGGCGUCGGUCGCCAGGAGAGAGGAGGACGGUCGCCGCCCCGGCCCCGCGUGGGAGAUGGCCCCUGCCGGGGAGAGACGCGCGGCGUCGUUCCGGUGGCCGGCGAUAGCCUCAGGCUGCAAGAGGUACCGCCGGGACGAGGAGCCUUGCGACGUCGAGGCAGGUGGCUCCGGGGACAGUGCCGUCUCGUCUUUAGAAGAAGAGAGGCCGCCGUCGGUGGCUAGAGCGGCAAUGCUCUGGGUCGCCGGCGGGAGGCAGGGAAGCCAUUCGUGAUCCGCAUUUGGUUUGCACGUUGGUCCAACACAUUACACACAUAGGAUUGGAUUUUUUUUUAUUCAUUGUUUGAUUUCUUGUCUCCUUUUGUUUUGUUUUGUUUCUUAGAUUGAUUACUGUAGUGAACGCAAAGCAAGCAGGAAAUUGUAUAAAAAGGGAAAAUGUUGUGUUGCAA